AGGGCGCGUGGGGCGCGAGGGGCGCGGGACAUCAUGAGUCAGCAGCGGACGGCGCGGAAACUGCCCAGCCUGCUGGUGGACCCGGCUCAGGAGACCGUGCGCCGCCGCUGCCGGGACCCCAUCAACGUAGAGAACCUACUGCUUCUAGCCAGGUGUGGUGGCCCAGUUCUGUAAUGCCAGACCUUGGGAGGCAGAGGCAGAAGGAUGCCAUCAAAAAUAAGGAUCAAUCUAGAAGAAAAUGUACAGUAUGUGUCCAUGAGAAAAGCUCUGAAGGUGAAGAGGCCCCGGUUUGAUGUGUCGCUGGUCUACUUAACUCGGAAGUUUAUGGAUCUUGUCAGAUCCGCCCCGGGGGGCAUUCUUGACCUAAACAAGGUUGCCACAAAACUGGGUGUCCGGAAGAGGCGUGUGUAUGACAUCACCAAUGUCUUGGACGGCAUCGAACUGGUGGAAAAGAAAUCUAAGAACCACAUUCGGUGGAUAGGAUCUGACCUGAACAACUUUGGGGCAGCACCCCAACAGAAGAAGCUGCAGGCUGAGCUCUCCGACCUGUCGGCGAUGGAAGACGCUCUGGACGAGUUGAUUAAAGAUUGUGCUCAGCAACUGCUGGAGUUAACAGAUGACAAAGAAAACGAAAGACUAGCCUACGUGACCUAUCAGGAUAUUCACGGCAUUCAAGCUUUCCACGAACAGAUUGUCAUUGCAGUGAAGGCUCCAGAGGAAACCAGACUGGAUGUUCCGGCUCCCAGAGAAGAUUCUAUCACAGUGCAUAUCAGGAGCACCAAAGGACCCAUUGAUGUUUAUUUGUGUGAAGUAGAACAGAACCACUCAAAUGGUAAAACAGCUGAUGGAGUAGGGGCCUCUCCAUCUGACAGCAAACAUCUACAAAGCCCAGAGAAAGAAGACAAGCCUCUUCAGUGAGUGAAGAUUUCUCAGAGUGAGCGGCUGAUAGCAGUUCAGUGAUGAAGGUCUUUGGAUCAUGCCCCGUGGGUGAAUCAUGUGCCCCAUCCCGAGUGGGUGAAUCAUGUGCCCGUCUGAUCCUCAGCAAUAAGUCUCCUUGGAGUGCCCUUGUGACCGACCUUAUUCUAGACUUGUAGCAGCACUGAAGGCCAGUAGUGUCCUCCCACAUAGCCUCAAGCACAGGUUCCCGAUGGCUUCCCCAUUCAGAAUCAGCUCCUUUGAUAAUUCUUCACUGCCUUUUGUCAGUGAAAUAGACCUCUUGCCUCCUAAAAUCAUCUUAUAACAAAGACUAGCACAAGGACAGACAGCUGGCCAGCUGGUCGUGGACUGUGCCCUGACGGAUAUAGAUAGUGUCCGCUUCACAGGAGAAUUGCCUUACACUGGUUCACAUUUGCAGUUAGGUGUCGUGCACUGGUGAGGUGUACGCACAGGACCAAAUGUGGCACCUUUGUCCAUAUGUGUAUCAUGUGUAGUUUGUUUAUGAAAUAUGUCUAAGUGACACUUCCACCCUAGAACACCCAAAAUAAUGUAUGUAGGAAAAAUGACCAACAGAUGGCUAGUCCCUCAGUUCCUGUAACUUAUUAGAACCCUCUGGAUGGGGGUGAGAGGAGUUUUCUAAAGUUUUACAUGUAGAAGUUUCACAGAUGCCUGUACAUUUAGGUUAUAUACUUAAAGUGUUUUAAUACGGUCUGCAGUGCUACAAUUGAAGCCACAUACUCCUGAUUUUAAGCUGCCUACAGAGUCAUGCCCCAGUAGAUUGAUGGCAUGCCUCAAAAGCACUGGGGGCAAGUACAGAAUUCUGUCUGGCAACAGAUCAGUUCACUACAAUGUGAAUUUGGUCCUGGUGAUAUUAAAAGCAUUAUUGUGCUUUUCAUGAGCAGAUUUUAUAAUGUGUUUCCGUGUGUAGCCUUGCUCCUCAGUCAGAGGACCUUACCUCCUGUGCAUUGUACCCCGCUCCAGCUCUCAUCCCGCCUUCCCAGUCACCUAGCGCUCUCUACCUCAGUGGGUAAGUCAUUUACCUCUCUGUGCCUCAAUCAACUCAGUAAUUUACCACUAGACUGUGAGCUCCGCGAGAGACAUUUGUUCAUAGUCGCUCUCAGCGCCCUGUACCACGCCUAGUCCAAAACAAGCGCCCAGUGAAUGUCCAGCAAACUCAUGAAUGGGCGAGUGCAACGUGGGGCUGAUGGAACCUGGUUUGUGCAGAAGUCUGGGAGCAUCCUUAGUGUGUUAAACCUCUCCUGCUUUACAAGAGAUUUGAAGCAGCCUGAAAUAACAAUCAUGUAUACAAAGUAGGGAUCCAAAAUUAAAGUAUUAAAAAAAUA